CUCGAGAUCAACGUCCCCUUCUCGCAGCCAAUGGGAAGUUCCUCCUGCCCUUGAUGGACGCCCCCUGCUUCCAAUAAGCGCUUUCGAGCGGCAAGGUCCUCGCCCCCCGGUAGGCGGCGUCCCCCUCCCUUGCCAGGCGGGCGAAGAAGGCCGCGGUUAUCGAUCCCGCUGCUGACUAGAGGGAGGAGGAAGCAUCAGCAGAGAAAAUGGCGGCCGUGGCUGCGACUGCGGCGGUGCCGGGUGAUGGUGGAGCCGGCGAGGCCGAGCCCAUCCCGGGCAGCGAGGCCGGCGCAGACCCGCUCCCGGCUGGCACUCAGGCCGCCGUGGAGUCGGCGGUGCUCGACGCCCGGGAGGAGCCCGAGCCAGCCCCGGGGGGAGAGGCCGAGGAGCCGCCGCCGCCCGGGAGCCCCGCGGGGACCCGAGACCUGCCGCAGGCCCAGCCCAGCCCGGAGCCCGUCGGAGGGUCGCCUCAGCCGCCCUGCCCGCUCACCGCGGAGCUGUCCGAGCUCCCCCCCGGCGAGGAGGCGGAGGGACAAGGCGGAGGGGAGCAGCCGCCCUGCUUGCCGCUGUCGCCGCCGCCGCCGCCUGCAGCUGGGGGCCCCGCGGGGCCGGAGCCCGGAGAGGAACCGCCCCGGCCGGAGGAGGAGGAGCCGGAUGCUGCCGCCACGGCCGUUGCGAAGCAGCCGGAGCUCGCUGCGCCCGCGGAGCAGGCGGUGGCCGCUGGAGGAGAGGAGGAGGAAGCGGCGGCGGCGCUGCUGCCCGGCUCGGAGGUGCUGGUCACCCUGGAUCACAUCAUCGAGGACGCGCUGGUGGUGUCUUUCCGAUUCGGGAAGAAGCUUUUUUCCGGGGUCCUCAUGGAUCUUUCCAAGAGGUGAGAGAGCCUGCCCGGUGUUUUACAGGAGGGAGACCCACCCUCCGCCGCCCUUCUCAGUCUCUCCUCCCAACUUUCUUUCUGGAGGUGGUGUCCUCUCGGCAUCGGGGGGGUGGCUGCGUUAGAUGAGGAGGUGGGUGAGCCACGAGGUGUUUGGUUUUAUGGCUCCGCCAAGAGGGCGAAAGUGCCCUGUUGCAAAUGGCCUCGUGGUCUGCUUCAGAGCCCUGCCUUCCUCCCUCUGAUCCAUGCAAGCAGGGAAGAGGUUUUCCCUCGCCCUCGAAUUCCAACGUGAUCUGUAGCCUACCACUACAAUAUUCUUUGUCUUUAUUUAGGUACCCCCCCCCAAUUUUGAUUCCUCACGAAGUUUAGAAGGUGGGUUGGGAGGGGAACAGGCCGACCCGUCUGGACAGGGAUCAAAAAUUGGGGAGACUUCUCCUUCUUGGUAGCAAAAAGUUGGACCAUAGUUCCUACUAGUUUGCUACUGAUGCAUAAAUAUGCAGUGAUUUUAUUUAUACAGUACUGUAUUAUGAAAAUUUCAAGACAAUAUGGUCCUAUCCAUAAUGGCUUGGGGCUCAUAUUUGUUUUCCAGUUAAGUACUUAAGAUAUUUGAAUUCACCUUCACCUUAUUAUUCUAACUUCAGAAGCAGUCAGCCUUCAUGCUGGAAAAAAGUUGUGUGACAAGGUUGUAUGUUGCUACAGCUUCACAUAUUGGGAAGUCACAGUGAGAAUUGGCUAAAUGCUGCAUGGUCCCAGGCUUUAAAAUAGUCACCCUAUUCAUAAGUUAAAAGGCACACUUUUCCCCACUACAUACUGUGUAUUGAUUUUCCUUCUGGGCAUAGAGAGAGGCCAUGUAGAACAGGCUUUAUGUAGAGGUUGUAUCACAGUUUACAAUCUUGGAGUGAAUUUCUAGACACAUCUUCAUUAUGGCUUUCCUGAGGGUGAAUUAGGACAGGGGAAAUGAAUGUCCAGCCUAUAGAUGGUGUACUUGCUUGUAGAGAAUGUGCUAAAAGUAAACCUAAGUAAACCUCAGCAUACAAAGGGGGGGGGUGUAAUUCUUCGUAUUCUACUUCUGUGAGAGGAUAAUAUUUGGGUGUGGCCUGGCCAGGGUAUUCUGUGGGCUGACCUGCUGAACUGGGACUUUAACUUGGUUCCAAAUCUAGCUUUGCCCAUUCAAAUGCAUGUCCUUACCUUAAAACAGAAACUCUAGAAUUGCCUUACCCAACAUUAUGCUCUUCAGGUGUUCUGAACUACAAUUCCUAUCAACUCCAGCCAUUAUGUUUAAUGGUCAGAGAUGAUUGCAGUUGUAGACCAAAGCAUUUGGAGAGUAGGUUGCAGGAGGCUGUUCUAGAGCUGUGUUCCUAACCUUGGGUCUCCAGCUAUUUUUGGACUACAACUCCCAUCAUCCCUAGCUAGCAAGACCAGUGACCAGGAAUGAUGGGAAUUGUAGCCUGAAAACAGCUGGAGACCCAAGGUUGGGAAACACUGCUCUAGAGUGUAUGUUUUAAAGUAAGGAUAAGCAUAUGAAAACGUUGUGAAACAUGAAGUAACUAACUACCUGUACAGAAUUUCAUAUAUAGAUUAGAUAAAACUUUCUUGGAUUUCAUAGAAUUUUUUGCUGCUGGUUAGUAGGCUGUUUUGGUGUAGAACAUACCCGUUUUUAUCAUCUUCAUAUAAAUAAUGAUACAGUGUGUGCACUUAACUGCUCCUUGAGUAGAUAAAGGGGGCAAUUUACAGUAGCUCUAGCUCAAAACAUGAGGAGGGCACCAUUUGGCAAAGGCAUGGUGGCUGCUUGUACACCAGUUAUGGGAUACAUGCAGCCAUAUGGAGGACUAGUUGCACGUAGUGUUUUGCUGUGGGGUGUAAUCUCCUCUCCACUGUGCACAUUGCCAAUAGUUUACAGGGUGUCUUUAAAAACAUAUUUGCUGUAGAAAAUGUGCCAUGCCUUGCUACAGAUAACCAGGUUGCCAUAUGGCUUUAUGUGUUUCAUGAUGAAUUUGCUGCAUGGUGCUUGCUUGUAAACAGUCUGUUUUAUCCAGUCUACCUUGGUAGAGAUUAUGUGCUUGCUCAUAGUGAAUAAGCUAAAGGUAUCAGUCCUCUAAUGCUUUAAUUUGUUUAUUCUUGGACUUUGAAUAUGUGGUUGGGUGUCUUACCUUACAUUUUCUUUUUCAGGUAUGGAGUCCUGAUAUGCUGAAAGAGUCAAGUAGGGGUGGAAAACAAAGCAACAUCUAUGUUGGCUUAGUUUAGAUGGAAAGAGCAAAACACAAACCUAUAAAAGCAAGAAGCUGAAAUUGUCAGCAGGUUAUUUCACAGUAAUUGUAUAUUGUUUACGUAGUAUUUUGAUUGCCAGCUUGUUUACUCUGGUAUAUUUCUUCAAGUACUAUUGACAUUUUGUUUAUUAUUUUAACAACGAAAUAGAAUAGUUAGCUUUUUGUUGUGGAGAGCAAACUAAAGUGGUAUGUUGGGUGGGUUAUAAUAAAGAGUAGAGGUUCAGAAUAGAUUUGGUAGGGAUAAUUAGUUCAUUCAGCCCUUUCUAAAAUUUAUUCUCUUACAAGUUAAAAAGACCUAUAAUAGUUAGAAUUGUAAUGAAACUUUGACCCAGUUUGCAUGUGACACUAGAACAAAGUUGUAACAGUACUGUACGUGCACAAGCCUCCAUGAGUUCAGGCAAAGCAUGGAGCUAAUUUCUCUCUUUCUCCACCCCACACAGCUAUGGAGAUGGCUUCUGCAAAUUUGGUUUCAUGGUUAGUGUUACAUAAGAACCAGGAAUCCUGGGUUGUUGUUUUUUUUACAAACAAUGGUUAGUUUCUAAACAAGCCAACUUCAAACCAUAGGUUAAGAAUAUAGUUUGUUAGUUUGUUUAAUUAACUAUCCAUUGUUUGUUGUAAAACCAGCAUCCCUGGUUCUCUGAAAGAUUAUUUGAAAGUAAAACUAAACUUAGCAGAUGCCUGCCAACCCUAUCCCAGGCUUCAUCUGUGGAAUACAUGAGUACUGUACUCACUUGGUUUAGCGUUAUCUGUGAAUGCAGCCAUUAACUCUGCAUACAGUUAUGGAAGAUGGUGUAAUGAAACUCAAACUUUAUUCAUAGUGUAUCUUUCAAAGCUAACAUUGUGCAUCACUUAUCAGUGCAUUUAUUUAUUUUUAUUCCACUUUUUGGACUGUUGUCUUCUAAAACCACUCACAUGGUUAUUUUUUUUUUAAAAAAUGGGUCCAUCUAUCAGGCUUAUAAACUAAAAAGACAAGAUACAGAAGGGAAGGGGAGUAGAAGAAAAAGGUAUAGGAGAGAUCAGUCUUCAAGGCCAGAACAAAGUGCAGAGCUAUGAGCAUUUAGAUGUAAUCCAGGGCAGGCUGAUCUUCUCUUGCUGGUGUUCUUGCUUGAAAGCAGCUGGUGGAUCUUGUUCUUUUGACCAGAGGAUGGGAGGGAGAGUCCUUUUCCCUUACUCUGCAUUCCAUUAACAGCAGGCAGUUGAAGCAAAGUGUUCUUUUUGAGAGGAGGAAGCAAGCAGGCAAGCUCCCUGCAGCUGCUCCUUCUCUGGUUAAUGGAUGAGGCCAUAGUGCCUAAGAAUUGACCAGGUAUAUUUGGUUAUCUUGAUCUGGCACUUUACUGCUUUUGUGGGUUUGAGAUACAAAAAACAAAACAAAAACUGCACAGCAACUAAAACAGUUGAAUAUUCUGGACUUAUUCAAAUCUCUUUGUUUUUAGUGUUGCCUCCUAAAAUUAAUAGAUUUAGAGUUGUCCUCCCUUCUUUCCUAUGUAUGGUUCAGCAGUUUAGAAUAAUGCAGAUAAAUCAUUUUCCAUCAUAACUUUAAGGGUGCAUAAAACCAUUGUGUGGGGAAAUCAAAAUGGGUAAUAAGGGACAACCUUACCCUCAAAAAAAUACUGUGGUAUCUACUUUUAUGAUCAGGGUGAGACCUGAACAUAAUUUGAAUUUAAGAAAUAAUGUUCCAAAGUACAAUUAACUCAGAAUUUACAUGUGUUUGUUGAUAUCACACAAAUUAAAUGCAUGGAAGGCAUACAGGUUAAAAGUUCUUUUUGUACAGGAUUUUUCUGGCACAGAAAUUGCUUUUAAGCUGUCUGCCUUGCUUACCAGGCUCUGCGAGGCUCUUGCGAGAUCUCAGACAAUCCUGCAAGAUCUGUGCAGGGGGUAGCAGCCGAGUACACUUCCUCUGGGCCUCAGAGAGCUAAGCUGGCUAGCGUGCCCCGCCAGGGUCCAGCUGCCUUUUUGUUUAUAACUUCAUUCUAACAAGACUCCCACCCCAGGCCUCAAACAAGCUCUGCACAGUUCUGGGGGUAAGACCUGUUUGGCAUGCUGAGUUUGGAAGGUAAGAUUGCUCGCGCAGUGGCAGUUUCAAGGGAUGGUUCAAGUACACAAGUCUCUGCGUAUUCACACCAUCCCUGAAACAUAACCUCCGCGAAAGAUGGGAGUUAACUUGUAUAUAGUUUACAUAUAAUCAUGCAGAUUAAAUAAUUCUGAUUUGCAGGGGACGUGGGUGGCGCUGUGGUCUAAGCCACAGAGCCUAGGGCUUGCUGAUCGGAAGGUUGGUGGUUUGAAUCCCUGCGAUGGAGUGAGCUCCUGUUGCUCAGUCCCAGCUCCUGCCAACCUAGCAGUUCAAAAGCACAUCAAAGUGCAAGUAGAUAAAUAGGUACCGUUCUGGCAGGAAGGUAAACGGCAUUUUCGUGCACUGCUCUGAUUUCGGCAGAAGCGACUUAGUCAUGCUAGCCACAUGACCCGGAAAAACUGUCUGCAGACCAACGUCGGGUCCCUCGGCCAGUAAGGCAAGAUGAGCGCCGCAGCCCCAGAGUCGUUCGUGACUAGACUUAACUGUCAGGGGUCCUUUACCUUUACCUUUUUUUAGCUGCAUGCAGAGUUAGCUUGUGAUGGUUAUGCUCAAUUUUAAUGGUGUAUCCCUUUGUAAUCAUAGAUAGCAUCAAACAAAUUAACUGGUUCAUAAAGGAAGCUCAGCUUCCACCAUUGGGCAUCAGAAAUACAUAGUUGUUUUAAAUGGAAGGCUCGUUCUCACUUAUGAAAGUGAUGCAAGUCUUCAAGUCAGCGCAUCAAGGAUGAGAGCUCUGUAGCCCAAAUAUGUUGUUAGUCACCAUCCGUGGCCAUUAGUCAUGCUGGCUGAAGCUGAUGGGAGCUGUACUCUCAACAACAUCUGGAGGGCCACAGGUUCACCUUUCGUGCUGCACUUCAUGAUUUUCUUCAACAAUAACUUAUCUAGAUACACCAUUCAUAAGCUUGCACUUAGCUGUGUUCAUUAUGUCUGAAAAAAGAAUCACAGCACAAGUGGGGAGCAUGGGGCAUUGCUUCAUGCCCUCCCACUUGAGUCCCAAUCUGACCUCUUUUUGAGUGGGAAAGCUUGAAGGGGAAUUCUAAGCAUGUUUGGUUGAAAGUGUUUAGAAACUUCUUUGCUACUGGGAACCCUAAGGGGGUUCAAGGAUGCCUUAACUGAAAGCUUUCAGAGCUCACCUUCAGACCCAGCUGCUCAGUGGGGCAGCAUAGAGAAGGGAGCAGGGAGUCUGGCAUAUGUAGGAGCAUUAGGGUGUGGGGCUGUCAUGCACAACUACAUUUUCUCUGUUUAUGGUUUUUUCAUUUUCAAGAGUAAUGCCUCAACGGUGCUAAGAUGGAUGCCCCUGUGACAGCAAUAUGGAGCUUUCCAGUAUUGCUAUCUUCUUGAGCUAUUAUGAAACUAAGGGAUUCGUGUUGGCGCUUAUCUCUCAAUAGUGAUUAAUACCUGCUUGACCGCCCCUGGUCUUUAGCAUCCUUCACUCUUACUUCUUCCUUCCUUUCAUAUGUUGUUUCUUUGCAGUUGUGUGAGGCUUUUAAGCUGGGGUGGUCAAUUUGUGACGUUCCACAUGUUGGCCUACACUCCCACCCGCAUGGCCUGUAGUCAGGGCUGAUAUCUGGAUGGCCAUAGGUUAGCCCACCCCAGCUUUAAGCCUUAAGUAGAGCAACUAGGGCAUGAGAUUUGCAUAGGACGGGAACUGAAAGCAGGCUACAGAUUAGCAACAACCCUACAAGCUUAUGGCUUACUUUCCUGUGUGUUAUAUUUCCUAAAGCAUCCAGUUUCUAGCAUUGCUGGAACAUUGGUUCUGGUUGUCAUGGCUCCUAGCUUGAGAAGCUUAAUUCAUUUUACGUAAAUUGAAGGAUAGAGGAAAAGAUUGGAUAUUUUAAAAAAUCAGACAGCAUUUGACGAAGUUUGCUUCUGUCAAAGCACAGAACUACAUAGUAAAGCUGAAAGAUAUGUCAAAUAUAAUUUAGUCUGGUUGCUGGCAACCAAUGUUUCCCAUAACUAAAUCACUGCAAAUGGAUGCUUAUUGUUUCCCAUAUUUAUUAACCAUAAAUAAAUAUCAACUUGCUAAACAGCCUGUUCAGAUCCUCUUAAUUUUGAGUGGCUUCCAUUGUAUCUGGCUUAAGUCUGCUAUGAUACAGCUGAAUUGCUGCUUCCUGCCUUUCACUCGGUGAUCCUGGUGAAGGAUUAUUUAUUAAAACAAAAAGCUGACAUUUAGAUGCUUCCUUAUUCUCAGACCUUUCUGCUAGGCCAAACGUGUUAACUUCCUUUAGUUAUAUAUGUGUAUUUCAGAUACAUUUAUUAGUUCUCUGAAACCUUUCUUUAAAAGUAUGUUUGCCCUUCAAACAUGAUGAGACACAUAAUACAAUUCAGGAAGUUGUAAAAAUCAAGAGUUAGAAUUUAACCCACAUUCAUUCUUUGGCUAGUGAUUUCCAGGCAUCAGGUCCUGCUGCUGCUAACCCUGCCCUGUGCAACAAAUGUGCUGGUGCCAAGUGUAAGCCAUAAUCCUUAGCUUCUCUUAUUGGAGAGGUUGGGAGUUUCCUACUAGAUUUUUACAGUAUGCAUUCCUGUCAGAAGCUGUGGAGGAGAAAUAGUCAUGUCAGAAUUGGCUGACAUGUACAAAUCUGAUUAAAGGUUGGGUGUGUGCAUUUUACCUUCCUGAACUUAAAAAAACCUGUAUAUCUGCUGAAGGGACUGUUGGCACCAUUACACUUAUGUAGCCAUACAAGAAUGCCACCAGGGCCACAUGGGACCAAUAGAGAAUUCCACAAGGAAAAAAUGAAUUCUGUUGCAUCAUUUGGUCCAGCAAACCUGUGUUCUGCAGUGGCAGGCAGAUUCUUUUGAGAAGUCCCAUGAGUAGAGCAUAAAGGCAGUGAUAGCCAUCAGUAGACUUGUUUCUUCAGAGCUUCUCUCGGUUCCCUUUAAAAGCUGUCAGUCAUCAUCACAUAUACAGUGAAUUUAUAAGCUAAGAAUAUGAAGUAAUUUUUGGUCUAAACAAUAUUGACGGCCACCCUGGAUUGGUUACUUGCUGGAGAGGAAAAACUUCCCUCCAUACGAUUCAUAAUUUUAUAAACAUUAAUCACCAUCACCAUUUAUUAUUGAAAAAGACUGAAAUAUAAUUACUCUCUCCCUGUUGAGGUAAAGUGCUGCAAUCCUUGGAUUUUGUAAAUGUAGCUCCAUUUCUGCACCUAUUAUUGUAUGUGGUAAGUGGAGGCCUCAAGGCCACUGUUUGAAUAUUCAGGGGAAAUGUGUUGCUUCCUCCCCCUCACAAUAGAAAGCCACAAGGGUUCAAUGUACUGCAGACCAGUAUGAUACAACCUGUCAAGUCACAGUGUGUUUAUAUGUGGUUGAGAACUGAUGUGUCGGCCUUGAACAAGUUGUUCUCAGGUAGUUGCCUCUGUACCCUAGAACAGUGUUCCCUAAGACGUUAUUUAGUAGGGUAUUGUGUGUUUGUGUAGGCUUAACUGUAGGGAGGUUAUGAAGCCAAAAUGUCUGUCUUGAACUCCUAGGUGAGAGCUGAAGAACAUGACUAGAGUGAAUUCUCUUAAUAUGUUCUUGAAAUUUGGAUUUGCCCUGGGCUUUUCGUUAAUGGUGCUUAACAACCAGUUUGGGUUGCAGCCAACAAAGUUGUCCUGUUAGUACAAAGACUUCUUCCUGUGCAACAGGACUUCCUCUCCCUCAUGCCUCCCAAAUCCAUUAUGGAGGUUCCCUCAACCUUCUGGAGCAUACCACUCAUUGUUAAAACCGUGUUUAUACAAGACAAUCUACGAGUGAUCGCCAAAGAAGAAGAAGAUGGGAAAGGAAGAACCUUUGCACAAAAAUAAGACAUUGCGCUGAUUGGACGACUUUGUUGGAUACAACCAUCUGUCUGUUUACAACAUACUCUUUGACUUGUAGCAUGCAUGUACAAGAAUCUUGUUUUUGGUCCUUGCAUGACCCACUGGCGGUCUUGAUCCACAGUCUCAAGAUCUGUGACAUAAGCCACAGAUACCCAGGAUAUGCCUUAAGAGUAGAUUUGGUACCUUCAUGGUGAUUUUGCAGAAGUGGCCACUUAAAUAGCACACAUGCCAUGAUUUUUAGUUUUCUUACUGAAUACCAUAUUGAUGUACGGUGGCACCUCGGGUUACAGAUGCUUCAGGUUACAGACGCUUCAGGUUACAGGCUCCACUAACCCAGAAAUAGUACCACGGGUUUAGAACUUUGCUUCAGAAUGAGAACAGAAAUCACACGGCGGCAGUGGGAGGCCCAAUUAGCUAAAGUGGUGUCUCAGGUUAAGAACAGUUUCAGGUUAAGAACAGACCUCCGGAAUGAAUUAAGUUCUUAACCCGAGGUACCACACUGCUGUUAAAUAGAAAGUAAGUAAGGUAUGCCCAUUUUGUGUUUAGCUUCUCUGAAACAGACCUUGGUCAGAGCUAGAUCAUUCCUAUUUUGACUGCAAGAGUAGGACUCCCAAGGAAAUGGAGUCUAUUGAAACACAGUGGUACCUCAGUUUACGAACUUCAAUCUGUUCCGGAAGUCCGUUCUUAAACCGAAACUGUUCUUAAACUGAGGGGCACUUUCCCUAAUGAGGCCUGCCAGUGCCCUUCCUCCGUUAAGAUUCUGUUCUUAGACCAAGGUAAAGUUCUAAAACCAAGACACUAUUUCUGGUUUUGCGGAGUUUGUAAACCAAAUCGUUCUUAAACUGGACUGUUCUUAAACCAAGGUACCACUGUACUAUGUUUGUUGCAUAAUCUCUCCAGGUAUAUAAUAAAUUGUAAAGUCUGUGAAGGUGUUCUAAAUAAAGCACUGCUGAGGGUUCAGAGCUCAGUAUAGGCACAUCUAGUAUAUUGAUUUAAGUUUUUAUAUAUUUCUGUUGCUGGUUAAAAUUGCAGUGGUCUGGUUAGCAUAAAAUAAUGUCAGAAGUGGGUGUUAGACAUAGGCUUCCAUUUUACCUUCGUAUUCUGUUUCAUUUAAGAUAAGAGUUGAGCUAAUAUUACUGCUUUCUUGCUAGUUGGUAUAAGACAGAGCUUUCCAAACUGUGUGUCGGCUGCAUUGUGUAGGUGUGCCUCAUGAACGCUCCCGGAGCUCCUCCCUAGGUUGGAAAGGGGUUAGUUUAACCCCCAGUUUGCUAGUAAAACCGAUUUACUGUGUCACGAAAUGAUACAUGUCUAAAAAGUGUGUCACCGAAAUGAAAAGUUUGGAAAGCUCUGGUAUAUCUUUACUUUGUUUCGGUCAUCUUUCGUGCAACACAAUUGUCCACCAUUGGGAAUUGUGCAGCUGUUCAUAAGCUGAAACUGUCAUAACUCUUGUAAAUAUGGUGAGAUCAUACUAAGAACCUGUUGUUCCUUUUAUGCUAUUCAGUGAAGCCCAAACCUUCCCCCAAACUCACAGUGAAUUAUGGCUUGAGUACAUUGCAUAUUUUAUCUUGCCCAAACUAACAUGGCAGUAUUGCAAAUGUAACAUUGUUUUAUAGAAACCACUGUAGCUAGUUCAUCUUUACUGGAUGAGCAUUGUUUAUAUGUGAAGUCUGAGUCAGUACUUAAUUGUUGGCAAAUGUGAUUAUAGUUCAUUCUGAUUUAUGAAAAACAUGAUUAAAUUUGCAAAGUGAAUUUAAGACUAUUAGGGAUAUGGGGAAUAAGUUGCUGGUAAAUAUUAAAUUGGUGGGGUAUGCCAUUUAGAAAUCUGAAUUUCUAAUCUUGGAAGGCUGCUGAAUUUCUGAUUUUAGAAGGCACAAGCUAGGCAAAAUGAAGCACUACUAAGUCUGGUUCACUUCAGUGGGAGUGGUAAGCACAUACCUGCAUAUCUUUCCUUUGAAUCAUUGGGACUUGGUGUGCUGAACUUUGUCUGGAUUGUUCCCAGAGUUUUUGGUGUAAUUUCUAAAGAUUAGUUUUGAGAUACUCUCUGUCAGCAGAACAGUGUCUUAUUGUUGAAGGAAGUAUACUUUUUUAUAAUAAAAAAAGAUAAAAGUUGGGCCUGGUUUAUGGUGCUUUGGGCUAAGGAUUUGAUAGUAGGUAUAAACUUUGAUAGUCUUUUGGAGUUGUUAAAAUCAGGAACUGGGGAGUAUCGGAAGCAAGAGUCCAUGAACAGUGUCAGUAGAGACAUUUGCCAGGAGGCAAAGCUGUGCUAAAUACUUUUAAGUAGCCAUAACCAGGCUGCCUAAAAUUUUGCAAAAUUGCAACAAAAUCCCCUACUGAAUAGGGAAUUUAAAAGGGAAAGCUGUGCAAGUUGUGUGGAGCUCAUGAACUGGAAGGUGUCUUGAUCGCUCAUUGUGCAGUUAGAAAGCUCCAGAAUCUGAAACCCCAGGACUUUACAAUAAUUCACAUUAUGCAUAAUGAAGUUAUUGGGAGGUCCGUGCAAGCUAGAAUGGAACAAGCUGGCUCACUGUAGAACAAUAACAUGUUUCUGUAGAUUCUUGGUGAAGCAAGAGGUGCAGCCAUCCUUUAGGUAUUUCAUUCAUUCAUGCCCACGAUUGUAUGCCUAAGUAGGGAGUAAAUAAGCUUGCCUACUCAUCCUUAAUAAUGUGAUCCUCAUCUUUGUUUAAUUCUAAGGACUUACUGUACAGAUUAAGAAAAAUAGAUCAGCCUACGUUCAUUUUAUUUGCAAAACAACACCCACCCACACCCCAUGUCUUAUAGUUGAGGGUAGCCAGAAAAAUGCGGGGGCAGGGUGGAUCUGGUGGACUUUUUCCUUUCCUUACCCCCAGCAGUAGAAGCGUACAGUUUACCCUGAUCCAUGGGCACCUUCAGGCAGAAGUUUAAAGUCUGUUUAAUGAAGUGGAAGGAAUUGGGGAGGAGGAAUGAUUUGGUGUAUGUUCCAUUUCUUACACAUAACUGAUGUCUGUGUAGAAAAACACCUUUAUAUGUGGCAUAAAGUUACUCUUUAGCAGGCAGGAGGAAUGACAACAGUGUGAAUCCAAGCUUUUGAAUUGAGCAGCCUGGUCCCACACUUAGACUUAUGUUUGUAAUAUAUAGUGGGGUAAGGCUGUAGAAGCAGCUAACAUGCCACCCAUUUGAGCCCUUGCUUUCACCUAGUUGCAGCCAUGCUGAACGAUGCAAGGCCUAUGAUGCAGGGCAUCAUGGACAGCACUUACUUAUGAUGAAAUGCUUGCUGCUGACUGUGUACAAAAAAGCCUUCAGCCUUUUUUGUGUAAGAUUGCCAACUCUAGGCAAUAAGGCCCUCUCACUUUGAAAUUGAUAGAUUACCUCUUCAGACUGUUUAAAUAGGAAAUGCUAGCCAAAGACUGCAUUGACUGUUAAUCACAUCACAUGUAUCUUCAGCGAUACAGUUAACAGAAUUGGCUGUGAUUAAGAUGUCUGUACUCUGCACCUGAGCUAGCUAGCUGGGAGGAUUUGAAAGUUCUAAAGGUGACCUGUUCAUACAAGGUCUAGAUUUCCCUGACUAGUUGGAGCUAGCCAAUACUUAAAAGAUUAUAAGAUUAGCCCAGUCUAAAAAUUAUGGGGACAUGCACAGAUGAAGGGUGGUCUGCACAAUUUGGCUGGCUGCGCACUCUUUUUGGUCACCUCGGCCAUCUGGCACAGCAGAAAAUUUUGCAGAGGAGAAGGCAACGGGCCUUUCAAUUUGCACAAAGCCUUGUUCAGAUGCAGCUGAGUCUUUCUCAUACCUUUUGACUUGGCUUGGGAGACUGACUCCUCCUCUGUACAUGUCAGGUGAUGGGUGGGUAUGCUUGGUCUCUUCUCCCCAAAUGGCGAGGCCCUUCCAAGUUCUCUGUGCAGAGAGCUCCAGAAGAAGGAGGGUUAACGUGUCAUGGUGGAAUUAGGAAGAUGGUUGCCAGGGAGAGAUUCGUGGUUGCCAUUCAGGAAACCUUGGCACCAAGCUCCCCUAAAACCAGAACAGCUAGGCGAUUACAGUUCUCUACCUUCCGAUAGCCAGGCAUGCACUGUACCUUCUACAAGAUUAGCCUCCCUAGACCAUUUGUUUCUAGAACAUUUCUGGAGAAACAUGGGGUUCCUCAAGAGAAAGAGGGGUAAUAGGAGGCACAACAGCCUGCCCAUUUCCAGUGCACUCUCAGCUUACAUGGCUAUAAUAAAGCCCAACAAGCUUAUGAAGUAUCCUCUGCCAACUGAGUAUUUGCCUCCAGAAUAUUUUAGGAAUUCCAUGGCAGGUGGGUCACUGUGGACAAAGUCUUGAAACCACUGCACUGCCAUAGAGGAGAUUCUAAAUGUGUCUGAGAACAGCAAUGAAAGGGAAAGAAGCCAUUUUGCUGCUGGCACACAAUUCUUGUGACCCUUGGUAGAUUGCUUUCUAGUCAGUGCUGAAAUUUUCUAAUUCACGUGAUUGUGUAUUCUGAAAUGAUAAGCUUGUUUUCAUGUGGUGUGGAAUGUUAGCUACUUAUGAUACUGAGAAAUCUCAAUUAAGCAAAGAUUUGCAGUUAACUCUGUGUUUUUCUCUCUCAUUAAGGUUUGGACCGCACGGAAUCCCUGUGACCAUAUUUCCCAAAAGGGAGUACAAGGAUAAUCCUGAAGCGAUGGAGCUCCAAAGUAAAUCAUUCCAAGAUGAGACCCAAGUGAAGUGUGAAGCCAAUGGUGUAGUCACAGACUCUUCUCCCAUCCAGCCAUCAGAGCCUAGCCUGGCUAAAAGCCUAUGGACUUCCAAGCCACCUCCCCUUUUUCACGAGGGAGCACCAUAUCCUCCUCCUUUGUUUAUCAGGGACACAUAUAACCAGUCAAUACCUCAGCCUCCGCCUCGGAAAAUUAAACGGCCCAAGCGGAAAAUGUACAGGGAGGAACCCACUUCUAUUAUGAAUGCUAUCAAACUACGACCCAGACAGGUCUUGUGUGACAAGUGUAAGAACAGUAUUGUUGCAGAAAAGAAAGAAAUUAAGAAGGGCAGCAGUACAAGUGAUUCUUCAAGGUAUGAGGAUAAUAGAAAGCGAAGACAUGAGAGCGUAACUACUGUGAAUAAAAAAAUUAAAACUGAUCAUAAAGUUGAUGGGAAAAGCCAAAAUGAAAGCCAGAAAAGGAAUUCCGUGGUCAAAGUUGCAAAUAUUGCUCAUAGCAGAAGUAGAGUAGUCAAAGUUACCACUCAAGCAAAUACUUCAAAAACGCAGUUAAAUACUAAAAAGGUUCUCCAGAGCAAAAACAUGGAUCAUGCAAAAGCUCGGGAAGUUUUGAAAAUAGCCAAAGAGAAGGCACAAAAGAAACAGAGUGCAACCUCUACUUCCAAAAAUGCACAUUCAAAGGUCCACUUCACCCGGCGUCUUCAAAACACCAGCUCAGGUUCCCUGCCCCCACGAUUGCGUCUAAAGCCACAAAGGUACCGAAAUGAAGAAAACGACUCCUCUCUCAAGACAGGGCUUGAGAAAUUGCAGAGUGGCAAGAUGGCAGCUAAGCCUCAGUCUCGCUGCUCCUCUACCCGCUCAGCAGGUGAGGCCCCUUCAGAAAAUCAGAGCCCCUCAGAAGGCCCUGAAGAGGCCAGCAGUGAGGUUCAGGACACAAAUGAAGUGCAUGUACCUGUUGAUCAGGAUGAACAGCAGACACUGGGCAAGAGAGGCAGCAAAAGCAAUAUAACGGUUUACAUGACCCUUAAUAAAAAGAAAUCUGACUCUUCCAGUGCAUCAGUGUGUAGUAGUGAUAGCACAGAUGACUUGAAGUCCACCAACUCUGAGUGUAGCACUACUGAAAGCUUUGAUUUUCCUCCAGGCAGCAUGCAUGCACCUUCCUCCUCCUCCUCCUCCUCGUCCUCUUCAAAGGAAGAGAAAAAGCUCAGUAAUUCCUUGAAAAUGAAAGUCUUUUCAAAAAAUGUCACUAAAUGUGUCACACCAGAUGGCAGGACCAUAUGUGUAGGAGACAUUGUUUGGGCCAAGAUAUAUGGCUUCCCAUGGUGGCCAGCCCGUAUUCUUUCUAUAACUGUGAGCCGAAAAGAUAACGGCCUCUUAGUCCGACAGGAAGCUCGUAUUUCAUGGUUUGGGUCCCCAACAACAUCUUUCCUUGCUCUUUCACAGCUCUCCCCUUUUUUAGAAAACUUUCAGUCGCGAUUUAAUAAGAAGAGAAAAGGUCUUUACCGCAAGGCCAUUACAGAAGCAGCCAAGGCUGCUAAGCAGCUAACUCCUGAAGUUCGGGCCCUGCUGACACAGUUUGAAACAUGAACAUGAGAAGUAAGGUAGGCAAGAAAUGUGGAGGCUCCUUGAAAUGUCUAGCCUAGUUAAAUGCUAUGAAGGACUUAGCCAAUUAAACACAAAAAUUGCACUCAGUUGGCUGCUUUUUUUAUAUACUGAAAUUUCCAUUUGUAGCAAUGUCUUGACUGAAAGUUAUACUUAACAAAUUGUACAUGCAAUCAAAUUAACCUAAAGCGAGAUCUCAGUAUUUUUCAAGAGGACUCUUACAUUUUUUUGGUAAAAGUAAAAAAUUCCUCUGACCACCCCAUGCACAGGAGCCAUAACCUCAGCUGAAGAGCAGUUUAUUUGCAGGGAAUUUUUACUAGUUUCUACCCACUAUAUAUACCAUUUCAGUGUAUGUGGGGGGAGGGGGGAGGGAACAAAUGAAAUGGAAGUUUUAAACAUGACUUGUAUGGUCCACCUUAAAUGCAGAACUCUAGGCCCUCUCUGAGCCUCAAACUUGAUUUCAGUGUUUCCCCUUCCCCGUCCCCUGCCCAGAAAACCUAAUUUACAAUAGUGUGAUGGGCCCAAAGAGUUCAGCCUUUGCCUAAAAACACUUUCUCACUGGCCACUUUAAAUCCUUUUCGAAACCAAUUUUAAUCUGAAUUCAGUUAGAAAGGUUUUAUCAUUUGUUAGAUAGGUCUUGUUGGUCACCUUUUCCCAAAUGCUUAGUUAUGCUAUGCAGCCAGGAACAGCAGCAUGAACUUCAGGUUUUGGCAAGUUAAGAGGAAGCCAGUUGCUCACAGGCGGGUCUGGAUAGUACCCCAGCAUUUGGGAUCAGAGGCUGUUAAUGCUGCAUAGGUGUGAAUCAUAACUUCCAAGGAGGGUGGGGUGGGAUGCUCCUAGGACAUUUGUCUUGAGGGUUUAGCUUGAGAGAGUUUGUGUUGUAUAAAUAAUUGGUCAGAUUUCUCCCCCCUGACUACUUGUUCUUAAAUUCUUAGGAUGCGUCCUAGUAAAUUACACUUUGUGAACUGUCAGAUGUGUAAUUAUUGCAUUUGGAUGUACCGAGCGGCAUAUUUUUUUUAAACUAUUUCCAUUUAAGGUAUCUGUUUGCAGGUCAGAAAAUAUGGAAAAUGUAAUUGUGUAAUGCUCUGAAAUGUACAAAAAAACUGUAAAUAAAAUUGACUAAAUCUAAUUAUUUGUGUGUGUUUCUCAAAAAGCUUUGAAAUAAAAUCAGGAAACAGGACUGUUUUCUGUUUACACAAUAUUUAGGAAAUAAUUUUCUUGCUCGACACUCUCUAAAUUAGUAUCACUAACUGCGUAUCAAAAUAACAUUGGUGUUGAAAAUAUAAAUAAGGUUCUAAUUUUGGCAAAUUAUUCAGCUAUUUAUUUCCCCAUAGCAAAUCCUUGUCAGUGCUUUAAAAAAACCACACGCCUUUCCAGUGUGAUUAUUUCCCCCCACCAUUUUAUGUUACUUUAUCCCUCAUGUCCAUUUGCUCCUAGAUCUUCUGCAGAUCUGAUGCUCUGCAUUGGACCUUUUUAUGCAGUUGAUUCGCUUAGACAUUACACUUUCUAAUGGACUCAUAUAAUUUGUACUUGGUUUAAGUUUGCAAUGUCGUAAAAGGUGCCUAAUUUCAUUCUCCCCCAAAACACAUUACAAUUUUAGGAGUAGGCAUUUAGGAAAAAGGGAAAAAAGCUUGAAGCUAAAUUAAUUGUGUGUAUCAAAUCUCAAAGAAUUAAUGACCAAAGGCUCUGUUGUGACAGUUUGAUUCUAAGGUAUGCUUUUUCAUAAUACUCAAACUUCAUUUUAUUCCCAAACAUUUUAUUUUAAAUCUGGUAUCUCUGAUGCUUUGUACGUGGGCUUGAAAUCGGCUCCAAAUAGUUUUCAUCCUUCCUUGAUGUAACACUAGAUAAGCAUAAAUUUCUAAACGUGUAGACAAAUAAACUUACAUUCAGUCUGUCAAUGCUUUUUGAAAUUACAAAACACACAUCAUUAAUAGCAUGCAAUUCUGUUUCACUCCUGUGCUGUGUACAGUAUUCUCUUUCCUGCAAACAGAAACAAAUGCAGUGUUGAACUAUUUUGUUUUGUUUUUUUCAGGCAGGCUGUGCCUAAGGUUUUUAAAAACAAAAAAUCGCAAUGAAACAGACAACUUUCAGUGCUUUCUGCAAAGUUAAAAGCUCAGCUUGGGGCUAGUGUACACAUUAUGAGAUUGAUAGGUAUACCUGAGUGUACCUGCUGAUUUCCUAAUUCAUGACCCUACCUUCAAGGGAGCCUGUGAUGAGUGCUUGAUUGGGCACGUCUUCUAGGGUUUUGCCAUUUUGAAUAGACAGUCUUCUACAUUUGAAUUCUACCAAGAGUAUAAUUUGAUUCUGGAGCCUUUGCUCCAGUUUGAAAUAAAUAUAAUUGAGUCUUGUCUUCAAAAUCAUGCUUUUUACAACACUGUGGAACAGUUCUGUUCCUUACUCAGGCCAUAGUUUGCAAUCGGGCAUGCCAUAUAUGACAUUAAAAGUGUUGAGUAGAAAUUACUCUCACUUUAAAUUUAAUUACUACUUUUCUCUGCUUGCCUUGAUGAGAAAUCUUCUCUGCUUCCCUUUUGAAAAUACUUGUUUGAUUUUUUUUUCUCUCUUUAAUUUUGGAGUUCCUUAGUGACAUUUUGAUGUCACAGGCAAUGACUUAAUGUCGUUCAUUUCUGUGUAGAGCCUUACUGCAGUUUGAUUUUUCAGUUCAAAGCAUGGAGAUGUCAUGAUAUAAUCCAUUAGCUGCAAGGCAUUCAAGAAAUUUUGGAUGUUGUAUCCAGGCUUGGAGGCAAAAGCGGCUGUUCAAGAGGCACUAAACUACAAAGCAAAUAUUGGCUUAGAUUCCAGGGCCUUCUGCCUGAGCAGGAAGCACUUCUAGUGCUGUGGGGGUGCAUUUGCUGACUCAUCCAUCUGCACUUUCCUGUGUCCUUCUCCAAAAUAAAUGACUUGGGAUUACUGAACCCACCGGUAUAGGUUUUUUGUGGGAAGGUGAGGGGUGGAUGAUGAGGGUUUGAUGGAAAUUGGUGACACACCCAGCCUACGUGAGCAGGAUGUUUGUAUCCAAGCUGUUGAAUUUUGGACAGAAUACACAAAUUGUUCGUCAAACUUUAGGCAAAGGUUUUCACCAAACACCUAGGUUUCGUAUAUUUUCUUUCAAGUAGUUUAUUAUUCCACUUCAACCAGCUGUCUCUUCAGUGAAAGACACCGAGAAUGCCCUGGUGCAUGUAGCUAACCCUGAGUUGCCUUAAAACUUCAUUUAAAAUCAUCAUGAAUUGCAUCCAAUUAAACAAUUGCAUGCACAGAACUUCUGCAAGCAUAACAAAACUCUCCCCUCCAGAUGGUCUCUGAAGGGUUGAGGGGAACUCCAGAGCAAAUUUGGUAGAUGCACAGGAGUAGUCCUAGGGAGGUAAGGGAAAUUAGGUAAGCACAAUAAUUUAGUUGAAUACAUCCCUGUUGGAUAAUAAUAAUAAUAAUAUACCCCCCUAUACCCGGGGGUCUCAGGGCAUUACUUUCAAUGCUUCAUACCUCAAAGGAAAACGAUGGUAUAAAUUUUAUCCUGUCGUGGAAUGAAAUUGGUGAAAGAACAGAUGACUUAUUUCCACAAGCAAAACAAUUCCAAAUAAAAAGCUAGUAAACCGUCAUGCCUUAUUAACAUGUUCUACCUAAUCUGUUUCCAUUGUUAUAACCCUGCACAAGUUGUGUGCUCUCAUUUCCAUGGUAAUCAAAUACACCGGCUGUCGUGAUAAUUUUGCUUUAGAAAAUGCAUUCUUUGUAGCAAGAGUAGUCUUAGAAUAGCCAUGACCCUCUUUCUUGCAUAAAAGGAAAUGCCUCUUUAAGAUAGGACUUGCCACUUGUAAUUUUUAAUAAGUGCAGUGUUAGUCUGUCGUUGCAAAAACAGCAGUCUUGAAGGUGCUACAAAUGCAUUAUGUCAAAAGCUUUCCUGGGCAAAAGUUCCAAGUUCACAAAGGCUUUUGCUAUAAUGAAAUGUUAGUCUUAAUUGCUGACACCUUUUUCAGUCUUAUCUAUGUUGUAUUGUGUUGCUGCAGCACAUCUUAGCACUAUUCAGAUCUAGCACUAUUAGUAGCAUGUGCUAAGGUCUAAGUAAAUGAUUCUUUCUGCAUGACCAGCACAGGAAAUUCAGAAUGAACAGUUAUAAUGAGAGGCAUACAUGGAACAUAGGUACAUGCCCCAGUGGAUUGCAUCCAGUGAAUCUGCCCACAGAAACAUUUUAACAAGGACCGAGUAGCAUGUUAUUUUAUCAUCCUUCUAGUAUGCGUUACUCUGUUCUGAGACAAGUCCCCCUGCAGUCUGGUAAUGAGCCAAGUGCAUGUGUUUGAGAGAGAUGGGCAGUACUUUAAAGGAUAUAUCAUAGUUUCAAGGAAGUGAGAAAUCUCUGCUACUUCCAAGCUCAAGGCAGUGAAAAGAACGUUAUGUAUUGCAAAAUAAUCUACAUAAGCCUUGGCUGUGCUGGCUGCGGCUAAUGGGAGUUGUAGUCCAAAACAUAUUGGGGGGGAGGUAGCAGGUUGGGGAAGGCUAGGCUACAGGCAGGUGGGCAAGAAGCCACUAGGCAAAAAAUAUUUAUGUAGCACAGGAAGGGUUGCUGCAGCUGUUUGAGCUGAAUUCACACAUGCUCCUCCACUGGUGACUUAGGGCAGAAUCUAACCUCACAACCGGACUCUUCCUCUCUUGUACCAGAAGGGUCCUUGGCCCUCCUGCACACAUUUCAGCUUGUCAAUAUCCUUAAAUUGUGGUGCCCAGAACUGGACACAGUACUCCAGGUAUGGUAUGGUCUGGCCAAGGCAGAAUAGGGUGGCACUAUAACUUCCCUGAUUGGGACACUUCACUCCUGGUGACAGCCUACAAUAGCAUAAGCUUCUUUCUUUUGCAUCUUAUGCACUACUAAGAUCCCUAGAUCCUUUUCUACAUGUACUUGCAAUCCAUGCAAUACAUGUAAUCCAGGUAUUCCCCAUCUUCUGUUUGUUCAGGUGGUUCUUCUAGCCUAAGUGUAGAACCUUACAUUUGUCCCUAUUGAAAUUCAUUUUAUUAGCUUUGGCUCAGCUCUGCAAUCUGUUUAGGUCAUCUUGAAUCCCAAUUCUGUCAUCAGUGGCACUGGCUACUCCUGCCAGUUUGAUGUCACCUACAAACUUCCCCCUAAUCUCCAUCCUUGAGACUGGGUGCUCUGUCCAUCACAUAGAGGGAUCCUGCAGGAGGUUGAAAUGUGUGUUUGUUGCACAGAGCACUGCAUCCCUCAGGGGUCUUGAAGAAUACAUCAUUCUCUGCCCAUACAUCCCAUCCACCACUAGUCCAUGGUAAGCAAAUUCCAAAGAUAGAUGCUGAUAGUAUAUUUUGCUAAUGUUCACGUCUUGCAUAUUGAUUUCAUGGGCUGGUUCAUACCUCAGCUUUUAUUCAGUGUAGUUAAAUAUUACUGUAUCAGAAUUGAUAUGGCUUAUUUGCUCACAAAGACUCUUCAGGUGAUACAUUUACUGAAUUGCAAAGCAGGCGCUGUAUAAUAUGAAAACAUCCAUUUUGCUUGGUUUCAGUUUAUAACUUUAUACGUGGAGAUUACAGAGAUGAUGAAAAAAACAAUGUCCGUCAAAUCGAACAAUAAUAAGGAGGACUAGACUUGCAACACUAGUUAGAAAAAUUAAAAUCAAAUAUCUUUUCCCUAUGUGGUUUUUGGUUUUCAAGUUUCAUGGUGCUUUGACAUCAGACUUGAAAAACGUUUCCUUUUAUAUUCAAGGGUAUUGUGUACAGCAGUGAUAAGAGUAACAUGGAAAGCAAUUGUAAUAAAUAUAUUUUAAGAUUUAAAUUUGUAGCUUUAAAAGAAAUUAAUAAAAGUAUUAAAAUAUUUUAAAAUGUAUUUUCAAAAAAUAGAUAAAAACCACUGUUCAAAAGAAGAAAGCACCAGAGAUUUACAUAUAUUUUCAUAGCUGCUUCCAAUACAAACGUUUAUAAGAAAGUAGUUGUAAGUAUGUUGCCUGCGUGUCCUUCUAGGCAUCCUCUAUGUAUAGCUAGCUAUGCAGGGUGAAAGCUAGCCUCACUUUGCAGCAGGGAUGGGAAACAUAGCCUUCCCAGUGCUGCUGGACUCCCAUUGACCAUUGGUUAUGCUGACCAGAGCUGAUGUGAGUUGAGAGGACCACAGCCGUUGGAGGGCCACUGGUUCCCCAUCUCUGUUCUGCAGCUUAUUUUCUCAAACCCAUCAACUUUGUAUUAUCAGAUAAUUACAAACCUAAUGGAUUCCGUUUGGUUCAUCCUUUCCUUUUCGUUCUGGAACUCAAGUUCUGGUGACUUUGAUAUGCUUUUGGCCUGUGGAUUCUUUUAUUAAUUCCCACAUGUCCACACCCUUCCUCUAGUUUUCCAUUUUUCUUUUACAGCUGACACUUAACAUUCCUUGGCUACUGAGCAUGCUCAAACCUCAUUAUGUUGUUUGUUUUUACACCAUGUGUGCGUUUAAAAGAUUUUCUGUACUUUUGGAAACCUCGGCAUUUCCCCCAAGCACGUCAGUCAAUACCUCCUCAUUUGUCAGUGGUUCUGUUUUGGCUGCAGCUCUGUCAGCACUCAUCACAUGAGUUGGCUCUUAGAGGGAGUGAUAAACAAAUGGUGAAAUAAGUGGUCAAUAAAUUGCUAGGACUCAAAGAGCUACCUGGUAGGAUUUUCAAGAGCUCAUGCCCAGUGGGAUUUUCAGCUUUCAUUGUUUCAACAGUAGCUUCCCGUGCCAUAUUAAAUUGCUCUGAAAGGUAAGUUGAAAUGCUGUUUGGCCAUGCGACAUGGGAUGACAGGGAGCUGCUUUUCAAGAGAAACCAUUCUCACCUGCCCUUGAUCUGCUGAAACAGCUGUCACUUAUUGGAUAAUGGGUAUAAUUCAGCAGAAAUAUGUUGCACGGCCAAGUCCUAUUGAAAACAAUUAAUUACAAUUAAUGCCACAUAGAUUUCAAUAAGAUUUAGUUGUGACUAACAUUUGCUGGGUUGUGCCAGGCAUUAUAAUUAAGCUAUGUUUUUUCUGUCUUCACGAACUGGAUCUUCUGACAUCUUUCUUGUUACUUUUCACCAAAUAAAAAUGUCUAAAGAUCCAGUCACUGAGUUGGAUCAUGUUAGCUCUGUUUCUUACCAAAGGACUGUUAGCUGAUAUUCUUGAUGUUUUCCUGUUGCUUUUUGGAUAUCCGUGGGUCUGUUUUGUAUCGUGAACAAGAAAAUCCCGAGUAGGGGAAGUGAGUAAUUGGUUGUACAUUUGUUUCUUGUAAGGGAAGUUUGCUGACAGGAUUAUAAAUACGUUCCGUGUAACUUCUUAAACUAAGGCAGCAGUCCUGUACCCACUUUCCUCAGAACAAGCCCCAUUGAAUUCAGUGGAAUAUACUUAUGAGUAGACCUGUAUGCUGUUAAACAUACACAAGAACAAGAAAGUUUUAGCUCCUGCUGUCUUUUGAAAAUAUUCCCAGUUUGGGAGCUUCAUGGGUGAACUAUAGUUUGAGGCUGGGAAAUUUAAACCGUCAAAUGGGAUUCCUUUCAGUCAGUGACAACUGAGCUCCUUAAAAGAUGGUGUUGGUAUCCAUGAAUCAAAUGGUAGAUAGUACAAGAAACCCCAAAGGUGGGUACUAAAAAUUGUGAUUGGAUGCCCCAAACCGUCUACUCAUUGCUCAUCAGCAUCCUGUCAUUUCACCACUAUUUGCUGUGGAGGGUAUCUUGCUGGAUUCUUAGGUAUAUUGUCUUAUGGGCUGGUCUUCUAACACCCUCUGUGUUUGCAGCCUAGGUUUUCCUCAUUUUCAUGGCUUCAGUCCCUUGGAGCUGUGGUGCUUCCAGAAGGUACGAAGAACCUCUGCCUGAAUUUGUGAUACUUCAUGUCAUUCGGAGCUCUACUCUUGGUUCCACACCUGAUCCCUGAGCCUGACCUCCUUUUGCAGGGGGCAAGACAGAGUGCAUAAAAAGUAUAGGAGUCCUUGAGUCUGUGGCUAAUGGGGAGCAAAGUAAACAUAGCUGUUUUUCCCACAUUGAGCAGCAUGGUGGUGGCAUGCAUGCAGUGAUAACAGCUGCUGGAGGAUCCCUAGAAUAUACUGUCUUUGCUCUUGACAGUUCCCUGCAUGGAGUGCUCAUGCCCAUUGUCCCCCCAAGAUAAGAUUCUCAGGAACCUGCCUUUCAGUUGUUUGUUUCCAGCCCACCCUUCCUUGGCUGAUAGUGGUGUUGUAGCUUGGUAGCUCAUUAGCUGUGGCUCACUGAAUGCAGCGUGUUAUGGGAAUCUUCUCUUUAUGUUGCACAAGUCCAAGGCACAGGUCUCCGUGGUUUUUCUAGAAUUAUUAUUAUUAUUAUUAUUAUUAUUAUUAUUAUUAUUAUACCAUCAUAUACUUGCAGAUCUAAGGGUGGUUCACAGAAUAAAAUCAGAAUAUAAAACCACAAAAUACAUAAUCAAAAUGAAAACAACAACCCAAUAACCCGUCCCAACACAUUUUAAAAGAGCCAAGGGCUACUAAUAGCCCUGUUCCAAGACUUAGGAUGGGACACCUCAGGAGCGAUAGUGUUAUAGAGACAACAUGGAAACAUUCCAAGCAGUUUCUGGCGCAAGUAAUUAAAAAUAUAAGUCUGUUAGAGAUGGUGUUUUCCUAGCACAUUUGUGGUCUGCAGUAGCUUUCCUCUUUUCUGAGCUCUUCAUUUGAGCGGUUUGAUACUGGGAAUACUGGAUUUGGUCCCAAGACUCACAAAUGGGAGUUCUGCUCAAGCAGCAGAGCUUCCCAGCUCCUUUCUCCACAAAUCCUCAAAAAUCUGUUCCUGAGUGGUAGAAGGAUGGGAGAUGGAGAGCAUGUGCAUGUAACAGAAAGUGCAAGUCUCAAAUACAGGGGAAAUGGAAAUGCCUUUCCAUCACACAAGCCCCCUGUGGGACCCAACCCAGUUUGGUUCAUGGGCAGUGGCCAACAUUUUCUCCCAUCCGUGUUGCCCUAGCCCUGCUUUCUCUGCUGUUAGAAAUGAUUGGGUGGGGGUGUCCCUAUAUAACAUGAUUGUGCUUACCUGUCUUGUGCUAAUGUCUGAUCCUUCCCAUAGAGAUGGGUUAGUGGAAGAGGCCUCUGCUGAGUAAGCAAAUGCUGCUGUCCAUUUAAUGUUAGCUUCUAUCCUUGUCCACCCCACCAGCAUUUUGUCCUCUGCCCUGCCUGGAGCAAAAUUCUCCAAAAGCACUGUAUUUUCAAGUCAUUGAGUUGUAUCCAGCUAAAGCUAAGCUAUAUGUACAGUAGACCCACUGAACUUGAUAGACACGAGUCCUAUGCAGAGAACACCCACUGAGAUGAAUGAAUGCAACCCUUUGUCUUCCUUUCCCCUACCUCCUGCUUGUGUCAUUUGAAGAUGUUGGCUCUACUCACUACUUGUGGCCUUUAGGUAGAGAGAGUUGGAGUAGGCGGCAUUUGGGUAUACUUUUAAACUGUGGCAGUAAUAAACCUGACAAACAUCAGCUGGUGUAGCAUAUGGUUAAGAGACUGUUGUGUAUGCAUGAGGAAGUCAGAUGCGCCAUGAAUUCACAAGGUGGUCUUGGAUAAGGCAGACCCUAGUAUGCAUUAUGGGGAUAAUAGUAACCAACAUUACAAGGUUCUUGGAAGGAUGAUGUUGAAAAUAAUUGAUAUACUGUUUCGGGCUUGCUGUGUGUUAACCAUCACAUUUAUCUGUAUGGGCUUGCUAAGACUUUCUCCUCAACUACUUAUUUUCCCCAUUAAAGAUUAUGUCAGAUUAAAAAAAAACCCCACAUAUUAACUGUUCUAAAGUCUUUUAAGGGCAAUUAUGCAUUCACUGCUAACUCAGAAUUUUUUCCCUCUCCUUUUCAGCACAGAGACAUUAAUCGCCUGCUGUAUUUAUGGAACCUCCCUACACUGCCAUGAAGAAGGUCAGCUGGCCAGGCAUGAUAUACAACUGAAAUCUAGAUUGCAGUGUAUACUGGGAGAGAACUUUUUACAAAAACCACCACACCCCUUUUCCAGGGCAUCUGUACUUACUGUAAAUUUACUUUGGAAUUUGAAGUGUUAGAAAUAUUUUAUAAACUUUUUUUGCAAUAAAUAAGGCAUGAGCCAAGGAGCCUGUUCAAGAUGAACUUGCAAGGAACCACUUGAAUUACUAGUAUGAAGAAUCACAAAGUGUACUCUUACUCUUCAAAUGUGAUAGUCUGAAUAGGCCCUAGCAGUGGAGUCAAGACCUCUGGAAAGUUGGCUGUAAACUUCUGAACAUUUACUUUUGUUCUUACUGUGUGUUAUUUCACAUCUUAACAAACUUUAAUAUUUGGUGCAGGUGUUAGCAGAGCUGUAACCUAUUUCUGGAAGCACGUCCACAUUCAGCUGUGGUGUUAAGUACUGACAGUCCUGUUUGGAGGCAAAGGUUUCCCCUAGAGAUGGUGGUAAGGGCAGCGACAGUGAACUCCUUGUAAUUCUUGAAUAAUUAUGGCAAAUCUUUGCUGUUGUGGGAAAUGUUUCUUUGAUGGCCACGAAGAUCAUUCUGUAAAAUGCAGGAAUCACUGACAAUACACAAAUGUCUGUGUGCUUGUGAUUCUCUAGCAGUAGUCACCCUAAAGGACAGCUACAGCUAAGAUAGGGUAGUAACUGGUAUCCAAAGUCAUGUUUCCUUUCUAAUGAAGGAACAUAUUGCACAUUAAAUUAGUCCUGACUUGGUUGUGACUAACUUAUUCAUAACAGCCCGCUGUUAGAUUGGGGUUUUAGCAUUUCUAAAGUUAGUUGGUUUACAAGCCCUCUCCAAUAAAACAAGUCUUAACUCUUAUCUGCAGGACUUGAGUAUUUAACUGCCAGAUGGUUCCACAUUUCAAUGGAAUUCAACCUAGUUUUCCACAGGAUUGCACUCACUAUUAAAAUCUGCUUUUCAUAUUACCCAGGUAUAAAACCUUAACUUGCAUAACUACUGCAUUAACAGCAGAUCAGGAUUCCCCAGGAAGGUUGAUGGGUUAAUAAACACAAGUCAAAAUGAAUGCACAAUCUGAUGAAGUACAAAUAUCAAGUUCUUUUUAAACUAUGACAAUGCCAUCUACACAAGAGUUAAGUCUUGUAUGGCAUUAAGGUAACCAUCUACAGAUUAACAAAAUAUCUCUCUUUUCCAAAGUUACCCAUACCAGCAAAUACAAGCUGAAGUCUUGGCUUCAUAAUUUCCAUGCAUGUUGUAAUUAUACAAGAUUUUCCCUUGGCUUUGACAGAUUUAUAUUUUUAAAUAGCAUUCUAAACAUGGGAAAGAUGUAUGAGUUAGUAUAUUACAAUGCAAUUCUAUAUUAAAUAUUUACUAAAAAUGUCUGUGAAAACAUUUAAAAUUUUAUUUAUAAAAACAGUUCAUAGCACCUUUUUAAGAGGUUCAACUGUACCAUUUUCUUAAGAAAUUAGAGAGGAUGUUUAAAGGACAACAAGCAAUUGCUUUGCAGUAGUCUUUCUACAAUAGUCAAAGCAAAAGAGAAAUAAAGUAUACUCUACAAUUUUCCAGCAAGAUUAGAAGCUUAUUUGGGCAAGGUAAAAAGGUACUGCAGCGAGUCAGUGCAGUGUAGUUAGACAAAAAUAAGCAUCCUUUUUAUUUAAAAGCAGGGUUGGGUGACUUCACUGGAGAAGGUGCACAUACCUUAGGAGGUAACCAUGGCACAAAAUGAUAGUUUUGACUCAGGAAAAUGGUGUUGGCUGUACAAAUAAGGGUACAUAUCUGGAUUGAUGAUGGGUGGAGCCAGUAGUGCCUGCAUAGACAUCUUACUUUUAGCCUGUGCUCCUAUUCCUUCUCCUUCAAGAGCACAACUGCUGCCCAUUUACAUCCAUAACACUGUACGAAGUGGUAGAACUACAGGUUUAUGGGCAAAAUAGACAGCCAUGUUGGAAAAUGGACAAAAUGGCUAGUUGGUACUUACUCAUGAAGAAUUGAGAAACUACAGCCACCUUGUUUUUCACUUUGAAAUGAUUGUCAGGGAAAAAUUGUAGUGGUAGAAGUAAUGUAUUGCUUUUCACCCUUUUGCUUUAGUUGCUUAAUAUUUAAGCUUUGCUCCAUGUUACCUUUUUUGUCUGUUUGCUAUGUCACUACGCCUCCUUCAUUUGGUAGACUUGAAUGAGGAAAAACGAUUCAACUUUUAAGGGUCACUUGAAAUUAAUUGUUCAAGAAUGUUGUGUACCAUCUAUUCAAUAAAGCCUUGAUUUUUUUCCUGCACUUUU